UCGGCAUCGGUUGAUAUGCGGCGUUGACGAAGUGGAAUAAUUUCUGGAUUAUGUAACUAACUAACUAACUAACUUAGUCUAGUCACUAGUCAAACUUCCUUCCCGAUCCGGAUGUUAUUUUAGUUCCCAACCACCUCCAAACAACGCGCGCAGUUGCAAUUCGCGACCUGGAUGUCAUCGCCUCAAGGAGAGAGGAAAAUCCCAUUAUAGCUCAAUAGAGUGACGGCUGGCUCAGCUUUUUAUUCACAAGAAUAUCUCUACUACUAGGACUGGACGCGGAUUUGAUACAUUCCCAGCUACUUGUGUGGAUUCAAUCAUGCCUCCUGCCCUUCAAUCGAGCGAAGAUGAAUCUGGAGGGGAAUCUAUCCCCUUCAAUGAGCCCGAAGACAAGCUACCGUCCACCAAGAAAACUGCCGAGGAUGAGGACCAGGACGAGACUGGUGAAGAGGACGACAAUGUAUAUGUCGUUGAGAAGAUUAUGGGACAUGAGUUUGCCAAAGAUGGCACUCUACUGCUCCAGGUAAAAUGGAAAGGCUAUGAAAAUCCAGAAGAUCAGACGCUUGAACCAGAGGAAAAUCUAGUAGGGGGCGCCGAGGAUGUUAUGAAAGAGUAUUUCUCCUUGAUAGGCGGACGACCUGAGAAGUCGUCGAAAAAACGGAAGUCCAUUACGACGUCUACACCCACACGCGGCACGGCGGCCAGCAAAAGGUCAAAGACAUCUCGCGCCUCGGAAUCGAAUGAGACACCAGAAACGGAAAAUAAUGUUGCGGAUUGGGUACCGAAAACGAAGAACUGGGAUUCACAGGUCAAGUCCAUCGAUACAAUAAUGCGCGAUCCACCCACAGGUAAUUUAUUUGUGUACCUCAACUGGAAUAACGACAAGAAAGCCAAAGUCUCGAUUCAGCAAUGUUAUGAAAAGUGUCCGCAGAAGAUGCUACAAUUUUACGAACAACAUUUGGUUUUCAAGGACGCUUAGUCCUAUGCUCCCCACUAGCCUUGACUUUUUCCUACUUUAUAUUGUCAAGGAGGUUACCAAACGGUCGUCCUCUUGGAUAUGUAUCUCUAUCAUGAAUUUUCUGCACUCCUCUUCCUGGCUGGCGGUAUGUCAAGACAGAAGGUGCCGUUUCCGGACCGACCGCCGUGAAACCCAAACCAACUUUCUACCCUUAUCUUACAUAUCCGCAAAUUUCUGGUACUUUGUAACGCCACAAAUAAUUCGGAAGGUGUUUUCCCCCCGUGUGAUAUUGGUUAGUGAUUCAAGGAUCAUGGAGAAAAAAAAUUACUUCCCAAUACUGUGUUCUACUAUAUCUUUUAGCUUUUAGCCUUGGCUUUGUCGUUACUCUUUUACUACCAUGGCUGGCUUUCUUUCAACUUUUAAAGGACAGGAAAGACAGGAAAUUGAAGUAUCUGUAAUUCUUCUCGCCCUUUAUUGGCCUUCUUUUCAAUAUUUUGUGCUUUUCUAGGCGUUCUUCUUCUCUUAUUUCCUAGUCUUCUUUUAUUUUCAUCUGCUUCCUAGCUCUGGUCUUUUGAUUUUAUUUAAAAGAUGAAUUCCUGAGUUCUCGUUUGGGUGCUUUAAAUUUAAGCAAGCUAACGUUAGUAAUGGAUGUUUAUUGAUAAUUUAGCAUUUGACCAUGUAGCGCUUUUAGCUUCAAGGUAUCUUGGAAUAUGAACUUGUAUAUAAUUUUUUCGGCUUCAAUCCCACUGACGGUCAUUGGAUAUCACAAACCAGCAAAAAUGAAAGGAAAGAAGGGCGCCGAGAAAAUGUCUUAAAUGAAGCGUCUUCCAUCACUCGGCUGGGUCCUCCAUUUGGAUUAUCACCUCUCUGCGGGUCAUUAUAUACUCAAACCGCGCAUUGAAAAGCUCAUCCCCAUGCUUCUGCAGCACAGCCUCAAUGCCCUUCGAAUCCGGCGCUUCAAGGCAUUCAUCGUCUUCUUGCGUCCAAACCCCUCUAACAUUAUCGGGUAUUCCCUUCCCAGCUGCCAUCGUCUCGAGCACUGUAUCAGCUAGAUCGGGGUCCAUCGUGGUGCAGGCAAGAGCCUCGAGCACUUGCUGCUGGGUGUAUGCAUUGCGGCCAGUGGUUUUGGAGGCGAUCCAUUCGUCCAUGUGCUCGAUGGAGGGUUGAUCAUCCGCCGAGGAUGAGGGUCCGUUACCCGCGCGCGCAUCUCCAUCUGUAACUGGGGUUGGCUGGGGCGUUUGAGAGCCGUUUAACUCGCCUUCGCGAUCUAGGAGCUGAGGAGGGGUUUGAUAAUGACUUUCCAAAGUCUCCUGUCGAAAUUGUUGAGGGGCAGUUUCAAAACGUUCCUCUGAUGCUGAGUUGGUGGUGGACACCGCACAGCUUGCGGAGCCGGACUUUUCGCUGUUACCGGGAUAGGGGGAGUCGAAUUUUGAAUGUGUGCUUCCUUCCCGAGCAGAGGAAGAGCGAGAGUCUCCUGGCGGACGCUUCGAAGUCACUAUUUUAUCGGAUUGGAUGCUUGUAGCGGAUGGAGAUGCCGAUGCUUGGGGUAUGUGCCCAAUAGUACUUCGUUUUCGACGUUUCGCGGAGCUAGAUUCUAUUCCGGUGGAAGGGAUAUCUACUGCGCUCUGCCGUCGUUUUCUAAUAUCUAUGCGCUGUUUCUUCCGGGGAGUGAAAUGUUGUGGCUUCCCACUCUCGGGAACGGGCAAAUGGUUGUGGCUUUCACUACGUUGUCUCCUGGAAGAUUCAGUACUAGGCGAAGGAGUGGCAGUUGCUUCAUGGCGAUUUGCUUGUGGAGUCCUGCGAGAGGGGUCAGGUUUCGAUCUCCUUGCCUUGUACUCUGGAAGGAUAACGUUAUGAAAAAAGGACUUCCAUUCCGCAACAGAUUUCCCGGUCUAUCGUAGUUCUAGGUUAGAAAAAGAGAAACGAUGCACAAUUAAGGAUCUGCGGACGUCAUACAUUUUCAGCAUACGCGGACCAGGCCUCACCUUCUUUGCCCUCUUCAAUAUUGAGAAUAUCCU